UUGCAGUCCAGCUGAUCGUCGCCAUCUUGAUUCAGACAUAAACAACACCCAAGAGUUGCGAUCUUUAUAGCUCAGUCACAGAUAGACCAAUGCAAGGUUUAGUUAUAAAAAUCAUUGACUCAGUGGUUGCGAUGGCAAUUUAAUGGUGUCGGUAUCUUCAGGACAAAAAUCAGCAAUUUUCCUUGUCAUUGGGAAAACGUCAACAAACUCGUGGGCGAUUGAGGCAUUUUAAAGGCUAUGGGUGGUCUGUCCAGAAAUAAACAUGGCGAUACGUCUGCUUUUUACUUGCGCUAACCAGUAGUAAGAAAGACCUUUCUUUUAUUGUGUCGUCAGCUGAUUAUUGCUGCUAGCAGCCAGAGUUUGUUUGUAGGGGGGUGAUACCAUGACAACGGUGUGAUUGACAUCAGCACACAUUGUUUUGCAGAGUUCUUGGACAGCGACGAUAUUUAUUUUACCCUGAAACGUCACCAUAGUUAUUCUCUAAUUUACCAGUCGAAAUGUGGCUAGUAAUCUGGCUUUCUUGCAGGAGCUAACUAGUCAAUCAGUGCAGCUUCCUGGUGUGCAGUCAGGGCAGCUUUCCUUGUUACUUUUAAUUUGUGUCAGUAGUGUGGUUGACCACUAACCAGGAUAACUGUCUUACACCUCUACAACCAGGAUAACUGUCUUACACCUCUACUCUGACAUUUUAUUUCCUCCAGGGAUGGGAGGCCAGUGACGUGUAGGGGGAGGGGGAGGGGGGGGGACUGGACAGAGUUGCUGGUAGUGGUGGUGCUCUUGUAAAAUGGACCAGGAAUAUGAGAGAAGGCUGCUGAAGCAAAUCAACCAUCAGAACCUACCAGAGGGCCAGCUGGCUAAGUCUGGAGGUGCGACCUGCAGUCCUCUCAGUGUCAAAUCUGGGGACCGAUUCAUUCCUACCCGUGUUGGAAGCAACUGGUGUAUCAACUUCCACUAUGCCAACGAGAACUGUCAAUCUCCCAACCAGAACCACAGGUCGAAGGAUGCUGGGUCAGACACGGGGAAAGACACUGUGGCAUAUGCUGCCCUGCUGAGGAACGAGUUACUGGGGGCAGGGAUAGAGAGCGUUCCAGACCUCCACACUGAGGACCGCCGCCACACCGUCUUCUCCCAGGACACACACAGCCUCUUCAGGUACACAGUCCACACUAAGAGAGUGCCUUUUGACAGUGGCAAUGAAGUCUCGCCAUACUCGCUCUCCCCACUCAGCAACAAGAGUCACAAGCUCCUUCGUUCCCCUCGGAAGCCAGCCCGUAAGAUCUCCAAGAUCCCCUUCAAAGUGCUCGACGCCCCUGAGCUGCAGGAUGACUUCUACCUCAACCUGGUAGACUGGUCCGCUGGCAACCUGCUGUCUGUGGGCCUGGGGGCCUGUGUGUACCUGUGGAGCGCCUGCACCAGCCAGGUGACAAGACUGUGUGACCUGUCAGUGGAUGGGGACUCUGUGACAUCAGUGUGUUGGAAUGAAAGGGGGAGCCUCGUUGCUGUGGGCACCCAUAAGGGCUAUGUUCAGAUCUGGGACGCAGCUGGAGGGAGAAAGCUGACCAGCCUGGAAGGCCACUCGGCUCGUGUCGGAGCACUGGCGUGGAAUGGAGAACAGCUGUCUUCAGGCAGCAGGGACCGUGUGAUCCUCCAGAGGGACGUCCGCACCCCUCCGUCCGCUGAGAGGAGGCUCCAGGGCCACAGGCAGGAGGUGUGUGGCCUCAAGUGGUCCCCCGACCACCAGCACCUGGCCUCUGGGGGCAACGACAACAAGCUGCUGGUGUGGAACAGCUCCAGCCUGCUCCCGAUGCAGCAGUACAGUGACCACCUGGCUGCAGUGAAGGCCAUCGCCUGGUCACCCCACCAGCAUGGGCUGCUGGUGUCUGGAGGAGGAACGGCCGACCGCUGUCUACGCUUCUGGAACACCUUGACAGGCCAGCCCCUGCAGAGCACUGACACAGGCUCCCAGGUCUGCAACCUGGCCUGGUCCAAGCACGCCAAUGAGCUGGUGAGCACCCAUGGCUACUCUCAGAACCAGAUCCUGGUGUGGAAGUACCCGUCUCUGAACCAGGUGGCCAAGCUGACGGGACACUCCUACAGAGUUCUCUACUUGGCUGUGUCACCAGACGGAGAGGCCAUUGUGACGGGGGCGGGAGACGAGACUCUGCGUUUCUGGAAUGUUUUCAGUAAGACACGCUGCACCAAGGAGUCCAAGUCAGUGUUGAAUCUCUUUACCAGGAUACGGUAGUGAAAUGGGAGGAGGACUAAAGUAGAGGGGAUCGGGGAGACAUCACCUUGAACCCCUCAUAAACCCCCCUUUACCACUCCACUGUAACUCAGUGCACCACAGCACCAACCAUCACUACGAACAAACUCCUCACUUAUCAAUUCCACCUUUUUUACAGAGGACAGCUCCAACCACCACCAGCCUGCGAGCAGCUGUCCCACUAAAGUGAUGUCAUUGAUUAAAAACGAACACAGCCUUCGAGUGAGGGGCUGGUUGUCUCUGUACAAUGUCUGUCUUAUAUUUCUGUCGUGGAUGUCCUGAGAUGUUUUAGAAUUAUCAUUAGGGCCAGCAUUUUUUUUUUUUUUUAUCUGACCAUGUGACCUGACCAGGGCCUGGAGUUUCUACUGGUCAGGUCACAUGUUCAGGAAAAAAGUCCUGUCUUUAGAAAUAUACCUCCACUAAUAUAAUAUCUAAAAUAGUUGAAUAUAUCAAGUCCUCUCAUCACGGUGUAUCGUUUCUCAGCCUUUCCUACAUAACAGAGAGGAUGGCCUGGGGGACUUUCUAUAUUUCGAUAAUAUGUAUCUGAACUACCAUAGAAUCCAACAGAAUGUCAUGAUAAUAAACGAGUACACCAAUAGA